UCCCGCUUCUUGGCAUUUCCUCUGUUCUCUCGUGCAUCUCCAUCUCUUUCACGAUAAUGACUCCGACGUCUGAGACUGAAAAACCAGCGCCGACGAAGAUGAGACGGUUUAAGGUGCACUCGCUGAAGGUCGGGGACCGACUUACGAAUGCGUCGAACUUGACGCUCAGGGAGACGCUUUGGCCGCUCUUCCUGGUAACGAUUCUGUACUUCCUCUGGGGCUUUGCAUACGGCUUGCUCGACACCCUCAACAAACACUUCCAAAACACACUCAUAUCACCCGCCACGCGCUCGUCAGGCCUCCAAGCGGCGUAUUUCGGGGCCUAUCCUCUCGCGUCCGGGCUAUGCAACUGGGUCCUGCGCAACUACGGCUACCGCGCCGUCUUCAUCCUCGGGCUGGUGCUCGAGGGCAUCGGUGCGCUCUUGAUGUGGCCGGCGGCGCUCAAGCGCAGUUUCGGCGGGUUCUGUGGAGCCACGUUCAUCAUUGGAGUGGGCUCGGGUGUUUGGAGACCGCGGCGAAUCCUUACAUGGCUGGUGCGCAGCUUACUCUUCCCUCUCUCGAUGCGGAAAAUCUAA